AUGCCUUCAGAAAAGUUCAAGAUCUCUAAAGCUAGUCGAUCUAUUCGUCAUGCUGCACAAAACUUUUUUGGUACUUUUAGUGCAUCUCCUAAUGGAAAUCAAUCUACCUAUGUUAGUUAUCCUAUUGAGAAAACUCAUCGUAUUUUCUUAGUGGGUGGAAACAUUCCUGCUAGUUUGCAAGAAGAUCCUGAAACUCAUCUUGACCGACGCUCUGCUCAUAAUGCUUUGGAACGUCAACGUCGUGAAACACUCAAUUCCAAAUUUCAAGAAUUAGCGCAUGCAUUACCUGCUCUUCAAACUGUACGCCGUCCAAGUAAAACAAUGAUUGUGGCUAAAUCAUUGGAUUAUGUUACCAAAAGCAUACAAAGAGAAACCAAUUAUGUUAAUCAAAUCAAGGAUUUACGAAAACAAAAUGAACGAUUAAGGAAACAAGCUAAAGCUGCCAAGUUAGCUAUGACCAAACAACAAAAUAUUCUGGAUAAAAAGAAAACCUCUUCUUCUACUGCUUCGUCUCAACCUAUGACACCACCUUUAUCUACCUCAUCUUCUUGUGGUAUGCAACGUACUGCCACUGUUUCAACCACUAAAUCUUCUUCAUCACAACAACAACAACAACAACAAAUGUCCCCUCCUUUGACACCAGAAACUCCUAGAAAACAACCUUUGGAUUUGAUAAAAGAAACUUCACCUUUGAUUGAUACUAAUACUUUUGAUCAAAUCAUGAUCUCUCCUCAACAACAAAUGAAUCAAUCUAUUGCCGCUCCUUUGGAUUCUAUAAUGAUGCCUCAAUGGUCAACUCAAUCUGCUGAUCCUAACAUGACUUUACAACAACAACAACAACAAGCUGGCUUUUUCUUGGAUUCUCCUGCAUAUCAACAACCAAUGUUAUACCAAUCAGACCAUCUUUCAAUCAAUGGAUCUCAUUUUAUGCCUUAUCAAGAUACCGUCAAUCCAAUGUUAUUCUCACAUUAUCAAUGGCAAGAUAAUACUCCUUCUGUAUACCAUCAAGGCAAACCUGCUGACCCUCUUUAUCAUUUAGUCUAG